AUGUACUUCUCCAACGUCCUCGUUACUCUGGCCUCGAUGGCCACCAUGGCUUCCGCCAUUCCUGCCCCUGAUGCCCUCCUCGAUACCACCGUUGCCAGCAUCUCUCCUGCCGACUACACCAUCAACCUCGAUGCUUCUGCUUCUGCUUCUGCUUCCGGUCUCCAGACCCGCACUAGCUUCUCCUGCCCCGGUGCCAUGUCCUACUGCCCUUGGACCAAGGCCUGCUCUUGCCCCGUUGGCCAGACCUGGGAUGCUAAGGCCAAGCGAUGCGCCGGUCAGAAGACCAGCGGCUGCUACGCUAAGCCUUCCACCAGUGCCUACGUCAAGGCCGGUGUUGAUGUCAAGCUCGGCUCUUACUGCGCUGCUUCCCCUUACAAGAUCGUCAAGUACAACACCAAGCACUCUUACUGCCAGGCCAGCCUCAAGAACACUGUCUUCCUUGCUCCUCUCGCCAUUGGUGCUGAGAUCGAUCUCUACGGUGGCAAGGCUAUCGAUGUCUCCGCCAAGGCUAGUGCUAGCCUCAAGACCGUCUGCUCUGGUCUUGCCGGUCUCUACCUCGAGAGCUCUGUCGAUGCCGUCGCUCUCUUCAACACCAACAAGUACGGAUACUCUGUCCGCCCCGGUGCCGUAACUGGUGGUCUUUCUUUCGCCAUUGGUGACUCCCUCAAGGGCCUGACCUGCCGUCUCGGCCUCGGAAACUGCGCUGUCUACGACUGUGUCUCCUACUGCUCCAAGGGCUGCAAGAACUACAUUGACGUCCGCGGCCAGGUUGGUGGCUACGUCAACGGUCUUGCUGGUUUCUGUGUUGUCAAGGACACCGUUCUCUUCGUCAACAAGAUCGGCACCUGCGCUUCUCUCAAGAUCAAUGGCCUCCUCAAGAUUGUUGGCAGUAUCCACGUCAGCAUCAAGGGCCUCUUCAAGUGCAACUGCUAA